GUUUUCCAACUGAUAAAAAGGCGGGAUGGCAACCAUGGUGGCGCUCAAGGGCGUCGACUGGGCCCGGCUUGUCGAGCGGGUGCGCACACGCGUCGUGCCGCUUCUCGGUGUCCUCGUCUUCAUCUCGAUGGCCGUCGACUUGGUCGUCAACAACUGGGCGAUCAACGAUAUGCUCGGGAACGGGUACUUUUUCGCAUCUCCCGUCGCGUCCGUGCGCUACGCCAAGGACCUCGCGUCGAUCUACGCCUAUCCCAAAGGCCGAACACCCGCCGACCUCUCGAACGUCGGGCAGCUCCUCGUCAACACGACCGUGCGCGGCUUGGGCUGCAAAAGCGACCAGAUGUACGUCAUUUCGGCCGGCGAGUACCCGCUCACGAAUGCCACGUCGCUCUGCGCCAUCUUUCAGAAUACGUAUUUCAACGUCGUGGUCUCGUCCGCCUCAACGGCACGCCUCGCGACCACGACCGAGACGGUCACAUUCUACCGCGGCAACGCUGUCACGCACGCCUUCACGGACGACGAGUCGGCGAAUCUUGCGACCCCCGCCAUGAGCAGUGCGCAGCUCAUCGACCUCGGGUACAUUCCCGGUCGGUCGGCGGUCGACAUGCGCUUUACGCGCGAGUUUGUCAUCGCCAACACUUCGCUACCACAAACGCAAAAUAUUGCGUAUUUUCGGGCGUAUCCCCGUAAUUUUUGCAGCGUGUGCGACCCGGUUUCGGAGCUCGGGUUUGGCGUCUGCAACAUGACCUUUGUGUACAACGCGACCGCCAAGACAAUUACGGUUUCGUCGAGUUCGUUCAUCGACGGCUCGGUGUAUACGCUUGGCCUUAUUCAGCCGCGCAAUUCGUUUACGACGCUAGCGCUCUACGCGCGGUUUGUAGCGAUCUUCAUUGCGCUCAGUGGCUUCAUUGCGAGCCGGCUCACGGUGCAUUGGCGUGACGUCGACUUGACAACGACCGAGGGCUUCGUGUCCCAUAUGUUGCGCAUCAUUUCGCCGAAAUUGUUUCCGUACCCGAGCGACGCGCUUUCGCCGACCAUGUUUUGCUUCAACUCGGACCUCUUUGUGUUUCUCUACUCGCUGAGUAUUGUGCUCGACGCGCAAAAUUGCUUUAUCUUUGUGCGCAACGUCAACGUGUACAACAAUCUCUCGCCGCAAUUUGCGCCCACGAUUCAAAUGUUCUUUUUGAGUACGCGCUUUCUCUGGCUCAACUGCGCGGUCCUCAAAGUGCUCAAGAUUUUGUGGAAUUUGCUUGGCACGGUGGCGUUCACGGGCCACUCCAAAGUCGUGGAAUGGCUCAACUGGUCGAGUGUCGUUUGUGUCUACAUGAGCGCAAUUGUCCUAGUGUACAUUCCGCAGUUUAUCGAGUACAGCAACAGCACCUUUAUCGACUUGCAAGGCAGCGCCGAGUCGCUCGACGGCAUCCGCGUCGACAUGUUUGACAGCUUUUACGUGCGCUGUGUGUCGUCGAUUGCGAUCGGCCUCUUUCUCAACCUCGUGGUCGUCACGGCGCUCGACCAUGGACUCAACCGAAAGCGCUGGCUGCUGCUCAAGAAACACACGUUGGCACGCCAAGCAAUCUACAACAGCAGCUCGAUUCUGUGCGAUUUCUUCAGCGAUGUGCACGAAGACGACUCGAUUGUUGCCGACCCGACAAUGACGCUCUCGGCGCGCCGCCUCUGCACGCUCCAAUGGUUCUUCUCGACGCAUUUGACGUGCUUUGGGCUGCCAGAAAAGAAACUGCGCGCGAAGAAGCAGACAAUGAUUCAAGUGCAGACCAAGUCGGCGCCGUCGACCGCGAGUUCAGCGACGACCAACUCGCGCAGUGGCGCCAUGAGUGAGGCCGCCGCCGCCGCGCUUCUUGCAGGCUUCAAGACCGGGAAGGAUGACCCGCGCAACGCCACGUAUUACCUUGUUGUGCAAGAUGGCGAGGCCAACAUUCACUUGCUGGAUGGUGCGCUCUCGGACAUUCAGAGCAUCUCGAUCCACGCCAAAGUGGCCAAUAACGCCAACUUGACCAUCAAGUAGAGGACAAGGUUGUGUGUAUAUGCAUCUAAAUUUACUAGAUAUAUAUGUUUCGAGUGUAUUCUUUUAUGAAUUCGAUUUCUUUCUGCAA